UAACGGACGGGUCUUACGCAUGCUUCUAACUUUUCAGGGCUGCGGGUAAGUAAAGGGUUAAACCCAAAAAAGCACGGGCCACAUCAGCCUUGGUUGACAACUCAAUCUCGUGAUGUGCGAUUUGCGCUUCAACGCGAUCCCGACAAUCCGACAUCUCCCUCCCAAACCUUGCACUUUUCUAUCCAGAAAGCCUAGCACCCUGUGGCUUUGGCUUAUUUGAAGUUACAAUCACCUCUAAACGGCUAUCAUGCCUCCGCGACUAAAUAUUCCUCCAGUCACCCGCGUCGUGCUGGUGGUCUUACUUCUACAGUCCGUCUUGAGUGCUGCAGUUCGAUAUCGCCAAUGGUCCGCACAUUCCGAAAUCGUCGUCGAAUGGCUUACUCUCAUACCUCAACUAUCCCUCUUCUAUCCUUGGACUUUCCUGACGGCUACCUUGGUCGAGAACAACAUAUUCACCCUAGCCAUUGCCGGACUUACUCUUUAUCAUGGGGGGAGGUAUCUGGAGAGAGCAUGGUCCUCCAGGGAAUUCGCUAAAUUUCUCCUCGUGGCCUCCUUGAUUCCCAAUACCUUGACCUUCCUAGUUCUUGUCUCACUAUUUACUGUUACCCGUAACGAGAGUUGGACACUGAUGACGAUCGCUGGCACGAUACCUGUGCAGAUAUCCUUUCUCGUUGCUUUCAGCCAGCUUGUCCCGGCGCAUACGGUUACCCUCUUCCGCGGUGUCUUGUCUUUGCGCGUACCUCGAUUCCCUCUCCUGUAUUUCGGUUUCGUGUCAGCACUCUCCCUAACGCCUUUACUUACGAGCGCCUCGGUAUUCCUAACCCUAUUCGGUCUUCUUUCGAGUUGGACGUAUUUGCGCUUUUAUAAGACUGUCUUUCCGGACCUCGAUUCUUCACAACCAACUUCAAUGCGUGGAGAUGCCAGUGAGACUUUUGCCUUUGCUGAGUUUUUCCCGGGGCCAAUGAAACCUUUCGUCGCGGCAAUCACGGAGCCCAUUUUCAAUGUGCUGGUAGCGAUGAGGCUAUGUACACCGUUCUCUCAGGCCGAUAUAUCCGCUGCUCAAGGUAGUAGCUUCAUACAGCGUACUGCGCAUGGAGGUGUCCGGGCUGAAGCUGAAAGGCGAAGAGCUCUGGCCCUGAAAGUAUUAGAUCAGCGGUUACAUGCCGCAACUGCGGGAAGUAGUUCAAGUAGUUCUGCUCCACGAAACCAGUCCCAGCCUCCUGUUCAGCCGUCAGGCCCGACGAUACAAACGCAGCCACAUCCAAAUACCCAGGCAGCAAUGACAUCACAGCCAACCACAGUGUUGGGAGAAACAAAUUACAACCCCGAUCAUGACCAUAGCGAGAAGAGCGAUUCUUGAGGUGUCUAGAUUUCGGUGAGGCCUUGAAAGACGCCCCUAUUUAGGCCUUGAACCACCCCCCCUCCAACUAUGAUUCGUAUGCAUUUCUACGCGAGGAGCACUUGCGAGCUCGGAGUCGGUAUCAGAGGAUGAGGCAUCUCGGUUUUGGGGCU